AUGUCCGCCUCGACAGGCACAGGAUGGGCACAAUUACGACAGCAGGCGAGAAGCCUGGAGAACCAGACAGAAACACUCUUCCACAAAUAUUCUCAAUAUGCCUCCAUGUCGAAUCUACCCCAGAAGCCAUCCGAGGAAGAACAACGGACAGAAACACAAAUACAAGAGCUAUUAGACAAGCGCGAUGCCCUCAUCGCCCAACUAGCCCGUCUCCUCGACUCCGAAUCCGCCCUCACAGCCUCCGCGCUCAAACAGAACAACCUCUCUCGCCACCGCGAAGUCCUCCUCGACCACAAGCGCGAGCUCAAGCGCCUCAAAUCGUCCAUCUCCGAGUCCCGUGACCGCCAACACCUCCUCUCCCACGUGCGCUCCGACAUCGACGCAUACCGCACCUCGAACCCUGCGGAGGUAGAGGCAGAGUACAUGCUGCAGGAGCGGGGAAGGAUCGAUAACAGUCACAAUAUGAUGGACAAUGUGCUCAGCCAGGCGUAUGCGGUGAAUGAGAGUUUCGGCGUGCAGAGGGAGACGUUGGCAAGUAUUAACCGGAGGAUUGUUGGGGCGGCGAGUCAGGUACCGGGGAUUAAUGGGUUGAUUAAUAGGAUCGGGGCGAAGAGGAGGAGGGAUGGGAUUAUAUUGGCGAGUUUUAUUGCAUUCUGUAUGCUUGUGCUCUUCUUUUUUCGAUGA